AUGGGGGUCAAAACUGAUUUGCAACCCGAGUAUGGAGAAAGACGUACUCGUUUGCCUCCUGGGCCUUGGAAUUUGUCAAGAGCAGAGAAGAAAGAGGUUUGCAAUUCUUUCUAUGGUAUGAAGGUCCUUGAAGGUUAUUCUUCAAAUAUAAAAAAUCUUGUAUCUUUACAAGAUUCAAGACUUCUUGGCCUUAAAUCACAUGAUUGUCAUACCUUAAUGCAACAAUUGCUCCCUGUGGCAAUUUGUUCUGUUUUGGAGAAGCCUGCAAGAUAUAUGAAAGUGCUAAAGGGGUAUGUUCAGAAUCGUACUCGUCCCGAAGGUUGCAUUGCUGAGCGGUAUAUAGCUGAAGAAGCUAUAGAGUUUUGUACCGAGCAUUUAUCUGAUGUUAGUAUAGUUGGAGUGCCUUCAAGCCAAAAGAUGAGAGUUUCAAAGCCAUUAUCAGGUUGCACAGUGAGCGUAGUUGAUCGGGACCUGUUGAACCAAGCACAUCUAUAUGUCUUGGAGAAUACGGAGGAAGUCCUACCUUAUAUCGAGCAACAUAUGAUCCACAUCAAGACCGCUUAUCCAAAAUUUAGAAAGAGAACAAAGUGGCUGCAGGAUAAGCACAAUAGCACUUUCAUUCAAUGGCUACGCUUCAAGGUUCAAAGUGAACUUAAUGAGGAAGACAAUCAUGGCGUAUCAGAAAAUUUAAGGUGGCUAGCAGCUGGUCCAAACAUGGCAGUGCCAUCAUAUAGGAGCUAUCUUAUUAAAGGUAUUAAAUUUAACAUCAAGGCACAAGAUGAUGUGCGGACAACUCAAAAUAGUGGAGUUUAUUUACUUGCACAUACCAUGCAAGUUGCUAGUGCCAAGGAUAAAAACCCAAUUCUCUCAAAUAUGGGUUUCUAUGGUGUCAUUCAAGAAAUUUGGGACAUUGACUACCAAAAGUUUACAAUCCCAGUCUUUAGGUGUGAUUGGAUAGAUAGUACUUCUGGUCUUGUAGUCGACGAACUUGGAUUUACCCUUGUAGAUUUGAGUAAAAUUGGACAUAGGAAUGACCAAUUUGUUUUGGCUUCUCAAGUCAAACAAGUAUUUUUUGUUGACGACCCGAUGCAUCGUGGUUGGUCGGUAGUGUUAUCAAUGCCUAAUAGAGAAUAUAAUGAUGUUAUUGGUGAUGAUGAUGUCUUAGGUGAUGUGAGAAUUGAGUGUGAGCCAUUUACUAGAGGGAUGCCAAAUGUUGACACAUUUGAUGAACUAGUGGGUGAGUUUGGGAGUCAAAAUAUUCGAGAUGGGUGUGAAGAUAUAUGGAUUGAAUGA